AUGUCUUCCACGCCAAGCUCUUCGAAUACUACUCCGGGGAAAUUGGAGUCUGCCGCACUCUCAGAAAAACUGGUUGAUGCUAAUCUCGUUGAUUGGGAUGGCGACGAUGACCCCGAGCACCCCCGUAAUUGGUCAACACGGACCAAAUGGGCCAAUAUUUUGAUCAUAUCGAUAUUGGCGUUGAUCACGAAUAUGGCUCCUACAAUGUGUGCGCCCGGGGUGGCCGAGAUUGCUGCCGACCUCCACAUCACAUCGACGGUGGUCAGCACACUGGCCAUCACGCUGUAUGUUCUGGGAAUCUCCAUAGGUCCGAUGUUCACCUCUUCACUCAGUGAGAUCUACGGACGGGUACCUGUCUAUCAUGGAACUUCAUUCGUUUUUGUUAUAUUCAUCAUUGGUGGCGCCUUGAGCCAGACCACUGCCCAAUACAUGGUCUUCCGGUUCAUAUCAGGAUGCGCUGGUGGCACCCCGAUGGCACUAGGCGGAGGCAGCAUUGCCGAUCUUACCACAAUUCAGGAACGAGCCAUGGCAAUGGCUUUGUUUAGUCUUGGACCACUAGCAGGACCAGUCCUUGGCCCAGUCAUUGGAGGCUUUGUUGCAGCUGGUAAAGGCUGGCGCUGGACCUUCUGGCUUCUAGCCAUUCUCGGAGGCGCGUUUGGCAUUGCUAGCGUCGCCCUGAUGCGGGAAACACACCCCAAAAUCCUUCUCCGCCGAAAGGCCGAUCGCCUCCGCGCCACUACCGGCAACCCGGAUCUACGCUCCAAGCUGGAAAGCACUCUAUCCCCUCGUCAGGUUGUGUUGCAAGUGCUUGUCCGCCCCCUCAUGCUUCUGGUGCGAUCGCCCAUCUUAUUGGUCAUUUCGCUCUACGUGGCGCUAGUCUUUGGUGUCAUGUACCUGCUCUUUACCACGUUCACCGGUGUUUUCGAGGGGCAAUAUGGCUUUUCCACGGCUACCUCUGGGCUUACCUACCUCGGCCUUGGUGUGGCGCUCGUGUUCAGCAUGUUCAUUUUCAACAUGUUCAAUGCUCGGGUUUUGGCCGCCCGCAUGAAGGCUGAUGGCGUGCAGCAACCACGGCCUGAGUACCGUCUGCUUUUCAUGAUCUGGUUCAGUCCAUUUGUGGCAUUUGGUCUUUUCGUUUAUGGUUGGACUGCAUACUACCAGGUUCAUUGGAUCGUACCGAUCAUAGGUACGUCCCUAAUGGGUUUCGGGGCCUAUUUUGUGAUCAUGCCUGCGCAACUGUACUUGGUGGAUGUGUUUGGCUCAGAGGCUGCCGCAUCAGCACUCGGUGCCAACAAUCUACUGCGUUACAUUUCUAGUACAUUCCUUCCCCUCGCGGGGCCAAGUAUGUACAAGACUUUGAAUUAUGGGUGGGGGAACUCAUUACUCGGGUUCCUUGCACUGGCCUUCCUUCCAGGUCCCAUUCUCUUUUACAAGUAUGGUGAGCGACUACGGGCUAAUACGAAGAUGGCGCUCUAA